AAAGGAGGCCAAAAGGCUAGCAACGAAGGACCGGUUGCCAAUGUCUGAAUCACUUCGAGUGUUGUGGACGCAAUGCGUCAACCACACGGGCAGGUCAGGCGGAAAACCUGCCAUCGGAACAGCCAGAGAUUGCUUCCGCGUGAUUCCCGGUCCAACAAGCCGAUACUGGUAGUUCAUGACAAGGUUUGCUGGCGGUGUUACUGCGUUAUGGUUGUUUGCUAGACGCUGGAUUUCCGAUCUAAAGGCUGCUGGGCUGACUCCGGGCACGACACGGUGUUUGACCAGAGCUGGAGUUUAUGGGAUUGAGGAAACGGGCUUAUUCCCGCUUGAAGCGUUUGCUAGCUGGCGAUUAGGAGCACGUAAGGGUGCUGUUGGUCAGAGCAUAGUCAAGAUGAAUUGCAGAGGAAACACCAAGGGGAUUUAAAUACCAGCAGCUUCUGGAUCCAACAAAGGGUGCGGGUGUUUUUGGACAUGAUCUAUACUUUGACUUGACUCAC